ACCUGCCAGGACUCAGCCAGCAGCGCCCACAAGCUCCCACAUGGCUGCAGCUGCGCCGACGGCUGUGGCUGCCUCCAGGAAGGAGACUCCAGGCAGAUGGGGCCUGGGGGAGGAGCAGACAGGCGGGGGCCCCUCCAUCCAGUGCCGCGUGUGUGGGGACAGCAGCAGUGGGAAGCAUUAUGGCAUCUACGCCUGCAACGGCUGCAGCGGCUUCUUCAAGAGGAGCGUGAGGCGGAGGCUCAUCUAUAGGUGCCAGGUGGGGGCAGGCAUGUGCCCAGUGGACAAGGCCCACAGGAACCAGUGCCAGGCCUGCCGGCUGAAGAAGUGCUUGCAGGCGGGUAUGAACCAGGAUGCUGUGCAGAACGAGCGCCAGCCGCGAAGCACAGCCCAGGUCUGCCUGGAGAGCAUGGAGUCAGGUGGGGAGCCCCAUCUGGAGCCCCUGGCAGCACCACCAGCCCCAGGAGGGCCCAGCCCCCAGGGACCCCUGCCUGUUUCUGCAGCCAGAGCCCUGGGGCCCGGGGCCCUCACACCUCCAGGUCACCACCACUUCAUGGCCAGCCUUAUCACGGCCGAAACCUGUGCUAAGCUGGAGCCAGAGGAUGCUGAAGAGAACAUCGAUGUCACCAGCAAUGACCCUGAGCUCCCUUCCUCACCACCUUGGGGAUCCGACAGCAUCCACGAGACAGCGGCUCGCCUGCUCUUCACAGCCGUCAAGUGGGCCAAGAACCUGCCUGUGUUCUCCAACCUGCCCUUCCGGGACCAGGUGAUCCUGCUGGAAGAGGCGUGGAGUGAACUCUUCCUCCUCGGAGCCAUACAGUGGUCUCUGCCUCUGAACCGCUGCCCACUGCUGGCCCCUCCUGAGGCGCCGGCUGCUGGCAGCGCCCAGGGCCGGCUGGCAUUGGCCAGCAUGGAGAUGCGAGUCCUGCAGGAAACCAUCUCGCGUUUCCGGGCGCUGGCUGUGGAUCCCACGGAGUUUGCCUGCAUGAAGGCCCUGGUCCUCUUCAAACCAGAAACACGAGGCCUGAAGGAUCCGGAGCACGUGGAGGCCUUGCAGGACCAGUCCCAGGUGAUGCUGAGCCAGCACAGCAAAGCCCACCACCCCAGCCAGCCUGUGAGGUUUGGGAAAUUGCUCCUGCUCCUUCCGUCUUUGAGGUUUAUCGCUUCUGAACGCGUGGAGCUCCUCUUUUUCCGCAAGACCAUCGGGAAUACUCCAAUGGAAAAGCUCCUCUGUGAUAUGUUCAAAAACUAA